GGUGUACGCAAUCUGAAUCCAGUCCCCUACCAUGCAGAAUACAUGGGACAUAAACUACACUUGGACCAAAAUGAGAAGCUGGUGAUGUUUGGAGUGACGCAUGUUCUGGCAAUAGAUGGCUUCAGCAGCCAAAUUGUGGCUUACAACACCAUGUCUGUUAAAAACAACUUAACAAUCUAUCAGAAAGUUUACAGAGAAGCCGUGAUAAAAAACGGCAUGUGGGAUCAAAUCCGGGUUGACCAUGGAAAAGAGUUCUAUAUGUGCCUGUAUAUCCAAGAGCUGCUGUCCAGACACAGAUACAAUAUAAACAGGCAACCAUAUGUACAGACAAAAUCCUCAAGGAACCUCAAAGUUGAGCGAAUAUGGCCAGAAAUAAAUAACAGAGUCAACUAUCCCCUGAAAGAAGCCCUGCUGCAACUUCAAGACCAAGAGGUGAUCAACAUGGAGGACAACACAACUAAAUUUUGUGUAUCCAAUCUCACUUGUCAGGUUUCCUCAAUUGGGCUUGAACAAACUGUGCUAUCAUGGAAUGCACAUAGGAUUGCAGGAAAAGGAAUACCAAACAUCUUGGCUAAAGGUGGGUGUCCAGCAAGGAUUUCUGAGGACCUCCUUCCACAGGCCUCUGUGGUUGCAGACAUGUAUCAGCAAGAUGUGGGGUCCUGCCUGACAAGAACAUCAACAUUCGGGACAGAUCCCUUUUCUUGUGAGGAAGACAGAUCCCAGGCAGAGGAAGAAUUUGCUGAUCAUUAACCAGACAUUACACAGUGCUUUGAUCAGGCUGCAAAUUAUGACUUCACACCAUUUAAAGAAGCCAUAUUACAUCUCAUAAAUGUAACAAGACAUUAUUAGUGAAAAUCAAGGUUUCUUUAAGAAUAACAGGGACAAGACGUUCAUUGUAAUACUAACAUUUAUUGAAAAUUUUUGUUAAGAAUAAUUUUACAAAAGUACAAAAAGUACACAAAACAAAAAACAAGUCUUUU